UCUUAGCGUUGAAGCUUUAGAAAGGUUAGAGUUAUGGCAUGAACAAAUAUGGAAAGAAUCACUACUAUUUGACAAAAUAUCACUUAUGAUCAAUGAUAUAUUUUAUCAAGCUGAAGACUUUGUACUCUAUAAUAUUCAGAAUGAAAUAACUGUAAUUCAGCAGUUAGGGCAGAUUAAUAGUAUUAUAACACUAAAUGAGAACAGUGAAAAAAA